UAGAUGUUAUUAAUCCUAUUACACACAUUUCUUCAUCAUGCUGUGGCUGACACAAAUGUUGCUUCUAAGAUCAACACCUUCGGAUUGAAACUCCUGCAACACGUCCCACCUGAUGAAAACAUAAUGAUAUCCCCGUUUUCUAUUUGCACUGCAGUCGCUAUGCUCAAUGUUGGUACUUCUGGUGAAACUAGGAAACAGAUUGACUCUGCUUUUGGCUGGUCUGAUUCUACAGAUUUAUCAGGUCAAUACAAGGACUUUCUUACUAAAGUUGAGGGAUCUGAAAGUGACAAGUUUACCCUUUCAUCUAACAACCGUCUGUACAUCGACAACACAUUCAUCCCUCUGCAAAGUUAUUCUAAUGAGCUUACUACUAACUUUGGUGCUGAGGUUGAAGCUGUUAACUUCAGUAAUGGUGAUAAUUCAGCAACUGUUGAACAUAUAAACACAUGGGUUGAAGAAAAAACGAAUGAUAAAAUCAAGAAACUUUUCUCUGAUAUCGACAGUAAAGUCCGAGCUAUCUUGAUAAACACCAUCUACUUCAAGGCAACAUGGGUAAACCCAUUCAACCAAGUCAUAACUCAGGAUGCAUUCUACCUUGAUGAAGAAUAUGCAAUAAAAACAGAUACUAUGCAUCUGGAAGAGAGGCUGCCAUAUUUUGAAAACAAGGACAUUGAACUUGUUAAACUGCCUUACGCUAGUGAAGGAUCACAGAGAGUGAGUAUGGUGAUCAUCAAACCCAAAACGCGAGCAGGUCUAAGUAGUCUUGAAAAGAAGAUUGGGUACCAGUUCUCUGAGGUUUCUUCUUGGGUGAGCAGUGUUGAGUACAUAUUGUUGGAUUUCUCAAUGCCAAAAUUCCAAUUUGAAUCUGGAGUUGACAAGCUGAAAGAAAUUCUCAUGGAAGAUUUUCAGGUUUUAGAUGUGUUUGAUGAAAAUAAAGCUGAUCUUUCUGGAGUUAGCUCUACUGAAGAUCUAUUUGUUUCCUUCAUCAAACACAAGUCCUUCAUAUCAGUGAAUGAAAAUGGUACUGAAGCUGCUGCUGCCACAGCUAUUGGUAUGAGUGCUGAGUCAGUCGAGAUGGAUAAACCUCGUGAAGUGCAGGUGAACCAGCCGUUUAUGUUUUUGAUCUACGACGAAAGUAACGAGGUUGUUCUGUUUGUUGGUCGGAUGGUACAUCCUGACUCUGAGAAGGAUUCUGACAAGUACCUUGAAAGUAGGUACAUUAGUUCGGGUAGUUCUACUAGCGCCAAGUUUGCUGGCCAGAGCUUACUGAUCUGUAUUAUUGUGGCGAUGGUAUUGCAAUAAAUAAAUGAACGUGUUUGGAUAUUUAUAAAUUCAGUUUUUUUUUUUUAUUAAAAAAAAAAACAAAUAUUUAUUUUUACGGAACAAUCAAGCAAUAUCAAUAAUAAAUAAAUCAGGGGAGGUUUGAAGAGGUUUCAAGUGCCGAAGGCCACUGCUUAUCUUUAGGAUUUGAGAGUGACCUGUGCUUGAAACCCCCUCAACCAUCCACUACGUCAAUAUACUUAUUAUACAAAUAUAGAAAAAUAUAAUAAUCUAAAAUUACUUAUUGGUUUAGUUUGGUGACACAGAAGAGCCCAGUUGAGUUUUAGUUUAGGUUUAGGUUUAAAUCAUAGUUUAAAAGGUUAGCCAUGUUUCAUGGCAGAGAGAGAUAUCAUGUGUGCAGAGUUACAGUUGGUACCUACUAUACAAAUAUUAAAUUCAAUGCUUAAGUUAUUUAAGCAAUAAAUGUUCUAAAGGUUUAGAAUCAUUAGUUAGAUACACGGCAACCGUGGGUAUUUUUAUUCUUAAUUUACCAUAUAGUUAGUAUUUUUUAGUUAAUUUUCAGUGUAGAAUACAAGGAUAGUUGGAAGUCUUGUAUUCAUUAUUAGUAUUCAAAUUGUACAUCCAAUUUAUAGUUCUAAUAACCACAGAGAUUUCAAAACUAUGUAGAGGCUUUUGGGCAAUUUAGUCUUAGUGAAGCACAUUCUUGUAUUAUUUGACAACAGAAGAGUGCAAUUAAAAUUGUUGUUACAUAAUACAUAUUAUAAUGCUAAUUGAAAACAUGUGUCUCGUUCUAUGAAAAGCACAUAUAGACCAUAACAUUAUCUAUUCAGCAGGAUAAUUUAAUUGGCGAGUUUCUUCUUCUGACAGAGUGCUGUUAUAAACAAACUUAGAAGUAUGUUAACAAAUUAGCCUACUUGAAGAUAAAAUUCAUUUGAUGUAACGUUAUUAUAGAAUAGCGCAUUACAUAAUAUUAGAAUUAGAAUUCGAAUUAGAAUCAAAUUUACACAGCAAUACAAUAAGAAUAAAAAAUAAUUUAAGAAGCUUCAAUCUGCUGUGCAGGACAUUCAAGUCAGUCGAAAACUGUUAGCAGAACACUCUUCUAGGGACAUAAGGAUAUAGCAUGUAAAACAUAAUAAGUAAUAAAUUAAUGAGUGAUAAAAUAAGAUAUGAUUUAACAGUGAACUGUGGGCAUGAAGGUAACAAUUAAUGUUGAAAAUUACAUAGAUGCCCACUUUGGAAUUUCGUUAGUAAUAUUAUUUACAGUUAUACACAGAGAAGUAUAGAACAAUAAUAGAAUGGCAAUGAUAACAAAUGGGAACGAAUAAAGGAGAUGUUUAAAGUUCUAUACUUCUGAAAAUAGGUCAUAUAAUGCAGGGGGCCUUUCCACCCGACAAAAACUCCAGCACCUUAAAAAUUGUUUCAGUUGUCACAUAGCUAGAGUGUAGAAAUAGUCGAAACUAUUGUUUAUUUCAUAGGAUGA